CAUCCGACGCCGAGGCUUUGAAAGUGAAACGAAGAAUGGCUUGAACAAGGAAGACACAUAUUUUACAGGAAGGCACUGCGCUGUUUUUUAAGUUUUGUUUGAAUUUGUUUGGAGACAAAACGCGGAAAGACUGCCCUUUCGACUCGGUUGUGUUUUUUCUCAGGCAAUAGAUCACAUUGUUUCGACCCCGGGGAGAUUUUCAAGCGGCUGACCUGACAUCUAAGAAGAGGCUAACGUUAGCCGUGUGUGCUAACAACAACAGCAGGCCCCGGAGCUCUAUUGUCCCUUACCUUACUCCUCGAUCGCAUAGUUUAUUUCAGCAAGCUCUCCAAACAAAGCCAGUGCUUCGUAUCCUCCGUAUCGACAGCAGUAGUCACUGUCAUCACUGUUUUUGCUGCCUGUUUUUCGGGGGAUAUCAUUCGGGACUGGCCUUCGUGGGGUACAGUGCCAUCCAUACGAUCACAUCCGUCGUAUUAACAGGAUAAAACGCCAAUCGUAUCUCCACUCCUCCCGAAAGACGCUAAGGCAAGUGGGUAAACAUGUACGCACCCCCGGGCCCCGCUGUCACCAGCGGCCGGAGGCGGAGAGGCGGCACCUCGCUGCCCAAGCAGCCGGAGCGUAGCCUGGCGUCCGCCCUCCCCGGAGCGCUCUCCAUCACCGCACUGUGCACGGCCCUGGCGGAACCGGCCUGGCUCCGGAUCCACGGUGGCACCUGUCCAAGGCAGGAGCUGGGGGUAGCAGACGUCUUGGGUUAUAUCGAUCCCAAACUCCUGGAGGAUUAUUGUGUGAACCCCCAGACUAUCUUGUUGCUGAGGGUGAUUGCUGCCUUCUGCUUCCUGGGCAUUCUGUGCAGUCUGACUGCAUUCCUUUUAGAUGUGUUUGGACCCAAACAUCCGGCACUCAAGAUCACACGCCGAUAUGCCUUUGCCCACAUCCUCACAGUACUGCAGUGCGCCACGGUCAUCGGCUUCUGCUACUGGGCCUCGGAGCUCAUCCUGUCGCUACAGCAGCAGCACAAGAAGUACCACGGCUCGCUCAUCUACGUCACCUUCGCCAUCAGCUUCUACCUCGUGGCGGGCGCCGGCGGGGCCUCCAUCCUGGCCACGGCGGCCAACCUGCUGCGCCACUACCCCACGGAGGAGGAGGAGCAGGCCCUGGAGCUGCUGUCGGAGAUGGAGGAGAGCAGCGACACCUACCCCGCCGACUAUGACAUUGCCAAUCAGUUCCAGCCGCCGCCGGCGUACACGCCGUGACGCGGCCGACCGCCUCCGACGCCCCCUCUCUCUCUCCCUCUCUCUCUCUCUCCACCUCUCUCUCGCCCCCGACCCCACCCCAACCGCGCUCCAACGGAGACGUCCGUUCUGUCUUAUUAACACACGCUUCUCUAUGAGCACCGCUUUUCUUUUAGUUUACCGGCCUCCUCAGACCCGGCCGACGCGCUGGCGGCCCCCGCGCAGAGAGGCGCGUCCAGGUCACCGGGUGUCCAGUGGACAUGGCCAAGCGCUACGUUGUCUGUGAUGAACACACCGGGCGCUCGGAGAGAGCGCACGUUUCCGUUGGUUGUCGGCUCGGGUGCAUGAAAACUUAAGUGUCAGCAGGAAAUCUGGGAGAGGUUUAAUUUACCUUUCCUUUUGCUUUCACCCGUGGAGCUUCUUUUUUUUUCUUUUUUUUGGGAUGUGCAUGUAAAUUGCGGUUGAGAUUGGGUGCUGACAUGUAAAGCAAAACUAAAGUAGGUGAAGUUCCGUGUGGACGUGGAUCAUCCCAUCAUAGUUAAUGGAGUGGAUGUAGAAGUCACAGCCAGUUCAAUGCCAAAUUGGGAAGCCGAGCGGGUCAGCCACAGUGCUAGUGGGCGGACGGAGCAUUCAAGAGUGUAAUUACUUUUGAAAUUUUUUAUAUGCUUGCCGUGUGCUUGAUUUGACUUUGCUGAAAUGACUUUCAUUUCUAUAUUUCGUUUAAUGGUCAUUUUAAUUUAUUCAUAUUGCUGUCUCUAGUGCUGUACAUUUUAUUUCCCCCUUUUCUCUGUAGACAUGUUUUUUAGUUUUAUUUAAUCAGUGAUGUGUUAUGAGACAGAACAAGGAAAUGAACAGAUGUUUUAGACGAUGUGGGACAGGUUUUAUUUGUUGGUGGUGUUGUAGCAUGUCUUGUUUCUUUUAUAGUACAGCUGAUUCAAUUUGAUAAACUUUUGGGCUAAUAAUAACAAAGGAUGUGUUUGUGUGGUAUUUUUUUUAUAAUCGAUACGCUCAUGGUUCACUAGAAUUGUUCUACGCAAAUGACGUUUUAAUGACGGAAGGAAGCAGUAAAACUGUCCUGUGACAACACAAAAUGAAUCAUCUAUUAAUUUGGCUCAAGUUCUGCCUGCGUGGCAAAUGUGGACUCUUAUAUAAAUCUCAUUGGAGGUUAAAAACCAAGGCCUAGAAUUGUGGAUAAUGUAAUCAUACUUGUGACAUGUUUAUCAUUCAACGCCAUUUCUGCAUUCUGUUAAUUAAACUUCCUAUAGUUCUAAAGUGUUAAAGUUUGUUAAGUGUACAACAUGGUGGACUGCUGAAUUAUACAUGACAGAGGACAAUAAAGUGAAUGCCAAAUUCCA